ACUCAAAACAAAAAAGAAAGGUAGCGACCUCUAACUAACCGUUGACACCCGUAAAUAUUUCUCUCCCCAAAUUUCUCCCUCUCUCUUGCAGUCUUGGAUUACCAUCUCCCAUUCCAUUUCCGCCCAUGGCGGACUCUAAACCCUCGAUUCCUGUCAAAUCCUUUCACCUUCCCGUCUCCCCUCAUUCUCAAUUUGGAGGGUUUUUCUGCAUAAUCUAUUUCCUGUCUUUCAAAGUCAGACGGAGGCACGACUUGCUUAUUCCAAUGGUGAAGAAAGAGAAGGAAGAGGACAAAAUUGAGAAGAUCAUUCGUGGUCUUCUUAAGCUUCCCGAGAAUCGGAGAUGCAUCAAUUGCAACAGCUUGGGGCCACAAUAUGUAUGCACAACCUUCUUGACGUUCGUUUGCACAAAUUGCAGUGGCGUGCAUCGGGAAUUCACUCAUCGUGUCAAAUCAGUGUCCAUGGCGAAAUUUUCAUAUGAAGAAGUCAAUGCUCUUCAGACAGGGGGAAAUGAGAGGGCAAGGCAAAUUUAUUUUAAAUAUUGGGAUGAACAUCGUAACUCUUAUCCUGAUGGCAGCGACCUUCACAAACUCAGGGAUUUCAUCAAGCAUGUUUAUGUUGAAAGAAAAUAUACUGGGGAAAGAAGUAAUGAGAAGCUUAGAAGGCUGAGAGUGGGUGAUAACGAUGAGCGCUAUGACGGAAGGAAAGGUGGUGGUAUUUAUUAUGGGAGAAGUCCAAGUUACGCGAUAGCCAGAAGCUCGGGUCUUGGGAUGACCAGGAGUCCUAGUUAUGAGGUAACUAGAAGUCCUAGCUAUGAGGUGACCAGAAGCCCGAGUUUCCAAGACAAGAGAUAUGUUCGUGACAGAUAUGGUUCUAGUAGAUUGAGUGCUGACAGAAGCUUCAAAUAUUAUUACGACGAAAUGAGAAGUCCUAGCUAUAUCCCAGAAAGUUCAAAAUAUGGCAGAGACUUUAAGAAAUCCCCUGUUCGCUUUGAGGUUGUUGAUGAUAGGUUUCGAGACAAUGAAAGUAGAAGUGGCCAACCAUCAGAUGGCGGUAGGUUAUCACGCAAAGAAUCCAGAUCUGAGUGUCGAAGCAGGUCACCUGUCUCUAAGAAAACCAUUGAUGGGUCUAAAUCAGUAGUGUUACCUCCUGCUAAAAAUGUCCUAGCGGUACAAGUAGCCAAGCAGUCUGAGAUAAGUGAAGGGAAGGAAGCUGAUGAGAUUGUCACACCUUCUUCCAGCAAGGCGCCAACUGAUACUACUAUUGCAGAAGAGAAAAUUCAAAAUUUAGAAAGUCUGAUUGACUUAAAUAAUGAUUCCAAGCCCUCCCAGCCUGUGGAACAACCACCUCUGGCCACAGUACAACAUCCUUCUGGUGACAACUCAACUGAUUCCUCCACGAAGAAAGAACCUUUAGCACCAAAGCCGAACACUGUCGAAUUUUUACUCUUUGAGUUGUCUUUUCCCCCGGUUGCAUCAUCUGAUGCUAAUGUUUCUGAAGCGAGUAACACUCAUCCAUCGAUUGUAUCAGAAGUCAAUACUGCUGUGGGUGGUGCUUCUUCGGAUCGAAGUACCUCCAUAGGGGUAUCAACUACAUGUGAUCAUCCUGGAUCUUCAAUGCUGGAAUCUUCCCGGAACUUGCCUGCAGAUAAUGUUUCAGCGGCCAAGUCUUUGGAUCAAACAUUACAGGCACCUUGUGACGGAUCUGAAAGAUCUUCACCUGCAGAGCCCUACAGGCAGUCACUCUCAUUGUUUGAGGCCUUCGAUGCUUCUCCAUUUCCACCAACUGUUAAUUUGUCUGUGCAACCUUCCAAUGGAGGUGGCACAUCAGAAGCUACAUCUGACUCUUUUCACGAAUCCUCUUCUAAAACUCACAACAGUGACAAGGUUAAGCAACAAGAAAAACUACACAUGAAUCACAUGAUACCUUCUGUAGUUGUUUGCUCUAUUGGACAAGGCCAGACAACUACUGCAUCUGUUGGAGAUACAAACAACCAGGUUAGAUUAGCAUUCUUUUCUUCUCAGAAAGAAGUCUAUAGUCGAGUUGAUAAAAGUUAUAGGCCAUCUACUUCCACAGAAACAUGUAAUGAGCAAGGACCUUCAGAUGCUUCAGCUUCACAACAAAUCUCCCAACUAGCUAAAGAAUCUAACUCUGGGGUUCAGAAACCAUCUACCACUGCUUUAGAAACAAAGUCUAGUGGGAGGCAGGAACUUCCUGUGGACCUGUUUGCAUCAAGCUUCAUGCCAACACCAGGACCUUCAUCAAGUUGGCAGUAUGGUAGUAGUCCAUAUGACAUGGGCUUUGGCACGCAAUAUUAUCACAAUCCAAUGCAAGUCAUGGCAUACCCCAACACCAUGAAGUCAACAAACCCAUUUGAUGACAACUCUCAGAGACAAACACACCCGUAUCCUACCAUGGGGAACGUUAGAGGUGCACCACCUUCUAAUGUGCCACAUCGUCCCAACUUGUUUCCUAGCUCCAGCAUGGGUCACAUUUCUUCAGCUAUGAUCCCAGAGGCUUCUCAAAUCCCUUCCCAAUCUUUCCCAUUUCAAUCGACGAUCUCUUCUGGCUCAUACAUGGAGCACCAACCGCAUAUGAAUGUGUCACAUUCUAGGCAGCAAGGAGGUAGCUUUGGCAGUGGUGAGGACCCUUUUGCUUCAUUAAAUAUGGUUGAGCAACAACGACCUGGUGGAGGAAACUCCUUCCAUGUCCGCCAGAACUCACUCCCGUCAAGGGGAGGAAACCCGUUUGGAUAGAACAUGACACUCUCUUAUAAGCUCGAAUUACAAAAUGGACACAGAGUACCUGACAUUUCUGAUUGACAGUAUUUCAUUACAUGGCCAAUCGAAAUUCCAGCCUAAGGUAACAUCUUAGAAUUCGAUUGUAUUUCUUCAUGUCUUUUUGUCCUCACAUGAUUUGAUUGAGGAGCAACCAACCAAUGUUGCCAACAUAGCAUGACUAGCUAGGCACCUCAGAAUGCAUACUAAGCCUUUUACUAUGAUUGCGUGUGACACAAGUCAGGCAGGAGUUGAGCAAGGUUCUCUUUGUUAGCUUCAAGCUUUUGUAUAUUGUACAUCCUAUGUGAUACUGUAUAUUCUACUCUACUAGUAAUUGAAAAUGAAAAAAAUUCAAAGAGUUCAAAUUGGGUAAACAUUCAUGCAAAUCAAAGUAAUUUCUCGUCAUCCAUUUCAAUUCACUACCUUAACAACAACGUCUCUUAAGACCACAAACCAACUUGAUCACCAUCAUCACCACCUUGUCAGGCUUCAGCAGCAAAUGCACCACAAUCCCACACAGAAAACCUAGAGCCGCGCUCGAUCCCACGAGCGAGACAGCACUGCACACAAGCAUAGCAAAAGCAUCCUCCUUCGAGUUCACGUCCCUCGAAGCCAUGGCGAGCUCGAUCCCGGCAAACAACAACAAAACCCCCAAAACCCCAACUGGAAAC